UCUAAUCAGCCCAUCCACCACGUUUUGACAGCGAGCAUGCGUCACCUGACCAUGAAAGCGUCCUUUUGAGGUUGAGAUACGGAGACUGCUGUCUUAGGAUUUGGGCACUGAGGGAUAGUUGAAUAAAACAUUGAUUGGAUUUAGCCACCACUAUUCCACAUGGCACCCAAACAUGGCACCGAGACGGAUCAAGUUUUCAAUGAGGAUACUAAAUUGAAACAAUGUCAUGAUCGCAACUUCUCUUCAUAUAGCAGUGUAUAUCUAUCUCAAAGGUUGAUGUUAAUACGAUACGUGUAUCCUGGCAAAGGUAAUGUACCUUAUGUUAUGUUGAAAUCGCUAAGAUACGUAAACUUUCCAAAUCACUAGUAAACUAUAUGGCCAAUCGAAAAUCAAUGAAGGUCCGAU